CUCAGUUAGACUGAGACACUGAACCACUGAACCACUGUUGCUGGAAAGUGACAAAAACAGCAUGAUCAUGGCAGCCGGGACGGUCCUGACACUCAGCAUCUGCACAUUUAUGCUCCUUGGGCGAGGGUCACAGGCUCAGGACUGUGGAGAAGCACCUCUGAACACUCGGAUAGUGGGUGGUGAGGAUGCCGCGGCGGGGUCAUGGCCCUGGCAGGUCAGCAUGCACAUCGUGAACUUUACUCACAUCUGUGGAGGGACCAUCAUCAGUGACCAGUGGGUUCUCACAGCAGCGCACUGCAUCAUUGUAAACUCAAGUCAAUAUAUUCUCUACUUUGGAAGGGAAACUCAAAGUGGUCCCAACAUUCGCGAGGUGAAGCGAACUGUGUCCAAAGUCAUUGUCCAUCCUGAUUACAACAACACUCUGCUCAACAAUGACAUUGCCCUUAUGAAACUCAGCAGCCCCAUCAAUUUCACUGACUACAUCAGACCUGUCUGUCUGGCAAGUAACUCCAGUGUGUUCCACAAUUCCACUCUCUGCUGGUCCACUGGCUGGGGGAAAAUUAAAAGCAAUGAAAACUUGCCGGAGUCUGGAAAUCUACAGGAGGUUCAGAUUCCUGUUAUUGGAAACAACGAGUGCGCCUGCAGUUACCAAACAGAACCAGAUGCAAACAUCACUGGCAACAUGAUCUGUGCUGGGCAAGAGACCAAAGGAGCAUGUCAGGGGGACUCUGGUGGACCUUUGCAAUGCAAACAAGGCUCUCAGUGGAUCCAGGCUGGCAUCACCAGUUUUGGAAUACCUUGUGCCAUUGGCUUCCCUGAAGUCUACGCGCGAGUGUCUCAGUUCCAGACCUGGGUCACAAAUCAAGUGGGAGGAGUCAAUGUAGGCUUUGUGACAUUCAAUUCCAGUGGCACUGACCAAGACAGCAGCUAUGUGUGUGAUUUAUAUUCUGUGACUGUUCCACCUCUGAACUCCACCACAUCAAGUGUCACACCUGAGUUUCCAUUUUUUGUCAUCAUAGUGUUGGUCAUGCUGCAGCAAAUGUUAGCUCAGUAGCAUAGCACCUUUUCAAAAAAAUGUAAUUCUUUGUCCUCUACUGUCCAGUAGCUAUAUGUGUAGUACUCCUCAUCUGUGGAACACCUGAGGUCCGCUCAGACGCUCGGCUCAUUUAAAUCAAACAUUAUUGUUUACUGCAGCCUUUUCUGAAAUUCUUAGUUAUUCUUAGUAAUCUUGGUUAUCAGUUCAUUCAUUCAGUCUUUUAAUCAAAAUCCCAACUCACUAUUUUAUCUCUCUUAAUGACCAUUUUAAUUUUAAUGUUGAUUUUAAUGUCUUGCUUUUAUUUUGAUUAAUGUCAUUUUUAUGUCUUUUUUUUCUGUGAUUUUCUUAAUGUAUUUCUAUGCCUUUGUAAAGCACAUGGAGUUGCCCUGUGUAUGAAUAGUGCUGUACAAAUAAACCUGCCUUGCCUUGCCUUGCCUUGCCUGAAUGAA